UAAGCGCUAGUAACCAAUUUUUGUGCACAUCGCAACAGGAUCUGCGGCGUGAAGGAGAGAAAAUGCAGAUCUUUGUGAAAACCCUAACUGGGAAGACCAUAACGCUCGAAGUCGAGUCGAGCGACACCAUCGACAAUGUUAAAGCCAAGAUUCAGGACAAAGAAGGUAUUCCGCCGGACCAGCAGCGUCUGAUAUUUGCCGGUAAACAGCUCGAAGAUGGCCGUACUCUAGCUGAUUACAACAUUCAGAAAGAGUCGACGCUUCACCUUGUUCUGAGGCUUCGUGGUGGCAUCAUAGAGCCAUCUCUAAUGGCGUUGGCUCGAAAGUAUAAUCAGGACAAGAUGAUCUGCCGCAAAUGUUAUGCUCGUUUGCAUCCACGUGCCGUCAACUGCAGGAAGAAGAAAUGUGGGCAUAGCAACCAGUUGAGGCCGAAGAAGAAGAUCAAGUAGAGUUAAAAUUGCCAGAAAUAUCUUCCGCACUUGCAUGUGGGAGCAAUUUAAGGCAUACUUGUUUUGAGGGGAUUUUAGUUGUUGCUGUGGACCCAUGAUUUAAUUGGGAAUGCUCUGUAGUUUCAUUGCGAAUUGACACUGAAAUUUGUGAUUUUUGACCAGUGUUCACAACCAUUUUAGCAAUAUUUGUUUUGGAUGGAUUUAAUUCGUUAAUAGUGCCAGCUAAAUGGCCUUUUUGCCAAA